AUGUCUAAGGUAUUUUUCGACGUGGAAGCUGACGGUCAACCAUUGGGUAGAAUUGUUUUCCAAUUGUACAACGAUGUUGUUCCAAAGACUACUGAAAACUUCAGAGCUCUAGCUACUGGUGAAAAGGGUUUCGGUUACGCCGGCUCUGUUUUCCACCGUGUUAUCCCAGACUUCAUGUUGCAAGGUGGUGACUUCACUCACGGUACUGGUGUCGGUGGUAAGUCUAUCUACGGUGCUAAGUUCCCAGACGAAAACUUCGUCAAGAAGCACGAAAAGCCAGGUUUGUUGUCCAUGGCCAAUGCUGGUCCAAACACCAACGGCUCUCAAUUCUUCAUCACCACUGUUCCAUGCCCAUGGUUGGAUGGUAAGCACGUCGUGUUCGGUGAAGUCGCUGAUGGUUUCGAUGUCGUCAAGAAGGUCGAAUCCCUGGGUUCCGGUUCCGGUGCUACCAAGGCCAGAAUUGUUAUCGCUAAGUCUGGUGAAUUGUAA